AUGGCAAACAGUUCGUUCUGUCCGGUUUACAGAAAUGGGGAGCUGUUCUCCUAUUUUUUUUAUCUAGUUUUCCUUGUUGGAAUUAUUGGAACUUGUUUUGCAACUUGGGCUUUCAUCCAGAAAAACACACAUCACAGGUGCGUGAGCAUAUACCUAAUUAAUCUGCUUACAGCCGAUUUCCUGCUCACCCUGGCGUUACCAGUGAAAAUUAUUGUUGACCUGGGUGUGGCGUCCUGGAAGCUAAAGAUAUUCCACUGCCAAGUAACGGCCUGCCUCAUGUACAUCAAUAUGUACUUGUCAAUUAUCUUCUUAGCCUUUGUCAGCAUUGAUCGAUGUCUCCAGUUAACACACAGCUACAAGGUCUAUCGGAUACAAGAACCUGGAUUUGCCAAAAUGAUAUCCACUGUUGUGUGGCUCAUGGUCCUGCUUAUCAUGGUGCCAAACAUGGUCAUUCCCAUCAACCACAUCGAGGAAAAGCCUGGUUUGGGUUGUAUGGACUUUAAAAAGGAUUUGGGGAAAAACUGGCAUCUGCUGACAAAUUUCAUAUGUGUAGCAAUAUUUUUAAACUUCUCAGCCAUUAUUCUAAUAUCUAAUUGCCUUGUCAUUAGAAAACUCUACAGAAACAAAGAUAAUGAAAACUAUCCCCACGUGAAAAAAGCUCUCAUCAACAUACUGAUAGUGACUUUGGGCUAUUUCGUAUGCUUUGUUCCUUAUCACAUCGUCAGAAUCCCGUACACCCUCAGCCAGACACAAGUCAUAUCUGACUGCCCCACCAGGAUUUCUCUCUACAAAGCUAAAGAGGCCACGCUGCUCCUCGCUGUGUCAAACCUGUGCUUUGAUCCUAUCCUGUACUACCACCUCUCCAAGGCGUUCCGCUCUAAGGUCACUGAGACUUUUGCCUCAUCUAAGGAGGCCAAUGCAAAGAGAGAAAAGCCAGGAUGUGAAAAUGAUGUAUAA